GAGAAAUUGUGCGCACCUUCAACUUCUCGACAACAACCUUCCGACUUUCAAGUAGACAAGUUCCCUCAGCGAAAUCGUCAAGAUGUCCACCGCCGAGCUCGCCAGCUCUUACGCCGCUCUCAUCCUCGCCGACGACGGCAUUGAAAUUACCGCCGAUAAACUCAACACCCUCAUCAAAGCGGCCGGUGUCGUUGAUGUCGAACCCAUCUGGGCUACCCUGUUCGCAAAGGCGCUGGAAGGAAAGGAUGUGAAGGACAUGCUUCUCAACGUCGGCUCAGGCGGUGGUGCCGCGGCCGCUGCUCCUGCUGGUGGUGCUGCCGCCGGCGGCGCUGCUGCAGCUGAGGAGGCGCCCAAAGAAGAGGAGAAGGAAGAGGAGAAGGAAGAAUCCGACGAGGAUAUGGGUUUCGGUCUCUUCGAUUAAGCGUCUGCUUCGCCUCGAGUUUGUUCUCACACGCCGCCUUUUCUCUACCACGACUUCUCCGAGGUCAAUCGAAAAAGUUUUUUCCAUGGCAUGCACACCGAUGCACACUGCUUCGCUUUGCUAUGCUGGUGAAUUGCCCAUAGGGCAGGGAAACGGCAACAAGACCAAAGAGCAUUGACAUUUUAUGGAGUAUCAAAAUCAAGGGAAACAAAGUCGAGAACACCGGUCCGGGACGAGCGAUGGCCAGCUAAGACUCAUGCGGACUCAUCGAGCCAGACAGCACAUUGAGAGAAUUGAUACCCCAAUGUCAAUAACUCAUUCCAAGAUGAAUGUUUGGUUUUGUGUCAUGGACGAACAACUUGAUGCGCCCCACGAAAUGCAAAAAUGAUGUGUGUACGUGAGGAUGAUUCUCGUGCGGCACAAUCUCCAUCCGGAAGACCGUGACACUCACGCCAUGUUUGGAAUUAUUGACCUAGAACUCAUCUCCGCGCUUCGCAUCGCUCUGCUUUUUCGUUCUGUCCUCUACACGGGUCCAUUUGCCGCGUUGGUGAAGUGGUUUACGUCCAAAAGCUCCCUGCCUCCAUCAGCCUCGUCGAUGCCCCACUCGCUCGACUCCCCCACACUUCUCCAACCCGGG